AUGAACGAUGCGGCGCUGACCGCUCAUUUCCAUGCGGGGUUGCGAGAUGAGAUUAAGGAUUUGCUCAUCUCGAAAGACCGAUCAGAAAAACCGAGCAUCUUCAGCUUGAAGUCAAUAGAACUCCAAAUUCUUGCUAUGUAUAGGAGAUUGGCCAAAAAUCAGCAACUCGAAACAUGUCGUCAGGACGGUUCUAUUGAAGAUUAUAUCUCUGGAUUCAAAACACUAGCACAAGGAUUUGAAGGCCAUGAACUGUCGUUGGUCUCUGACCUAUAUCAUGGACUGGGGGACAAGAUGAAAUCGACCCUAGGACUGGCCGAUACGGCCAAAAGGUACCUAGAAGCGCUCACAUUAGUUCUUUCAACAAGCAGGCGGAGACAAGUUAAGGAAAUUAGAAACGACAGGAGCGAUUAA